AUGUCGUUCAUCUUCAAGGAACUCCCUCGCUUCUCAGUUGAACCGCUUCUCGAAGUCUCUUCCAACUCGCGCGCUUUGGACGCCGUCGUCAUUUCAUUUGGCGUCUGGCUCCUCCUCAAAGUCGGCUGCAUCGCUCGCCGCUGCCUGGUCGCCACCAGCCUCCCAGGUCCGCCGCGGACAAAUCUCCUCCUGGGCGAAGGGCAUUUCAUCAACGAGAGUAACGAUCCGGCCGCAAUUUUCGAGAGCUGGGAGAAGAAGUACGGCGGCAUCUACUCGAUCCCUUCGACUGCUUGGAUGAACCAGAUUGUGCUAUGUGAUCCCAAGGCUGUCGCGCACUUCUACCACUACGAGACGACGCGUUACUCGCGACCGGAGGUGAACCAACCUACGGUAAAGGCUUCGGUCGUCGAUGCGUGGUCUGCCAUCCUUGAUGCGUCAGAAAACAACGUCAUCGAAGUUCAAACCUGGAUGAACCAUGUUUCGCUCGGCUCCAUUGGAAUCGCCGGUUUCUCGCAUAAUUUUGGAGCUCUCUACGGCAAGCAAUGCGACGUUGCUGACAUAUUUGACGAAUUUGUCGAAAAACAACCUUUGAUGGUCCACAAGACCGCGCUUCUGCUCGGGCUCGUUUUCCCAUUCAUAAUCAAGCUGCCCACCGGUCGUAUGCAACUCUUCCGGAAGCUAAACGCCGCCCUUGGUGGUGCAGCAAAGGAGCUCGUGGAGCGAAUGCGCCAAGAAGAGCUAGAAUUGCAGAUGUCGGAGGAAGAAGUGCUGUCUCAGAUCAAGCUGCUUCUGUUGGCAGGCUACGAGACCACCUCGAUCAGUUUGUCGUGGAUAUUGGCUGAGCUAGCGCAACACAAAGACGUCCAGGAAAAGCUGAGGGAGGAACUUUCCCAGUUCGUCGGUAAAGACCCGUCAUACGAUCAGCUCACCAGCGGGCUACCAUACCUCGACGCGGUUGUGCUGGAGACAUUACGGCUUCACCCUGCUGUUACGGAGACCGCUCGCAUCGCUAUAGAGGACGACGUCAUCCCCGUCAGUGAUCCUAUCAAAGAUUUACACGGCAACCUUGUGCACCACGCCAUCGCCAAGGGCACCCAUGUCCCCGACGCGAAGCAGUUCGACCCCGAACGGUGGUUCAACCCCAAAGGGCUUGAAACGCGCGCGAAAGAAAUUCAGGGCCAUAAGCACCUGCUGACGUUUAUCGACGGCCCGCGGACGUGUCUUGGCAAGGCAUUCGCGCCCGCGGAGUUCAAGGCGGUGUUGUCGACACUCGUUAGGAACUUUGCGUUUGAUAUGUGGGAUGCGGAUGCGAAGAUUAAGGUGGCCAGGGGCUUGUUUUCCGUGCGCGUGUAG